UUCAUUCCACUUGGCGAGUGCAGUACGAGCAGCCGGAGGUGCAGCGACGUGCAGGAAGGGGAAGAAGAGUAGAAAGAUACUCGGUUAGAAAUUAAAAUCGGGAACGCGAGGAUAUUUCCGUGCUUGUCGCUCGGACGGAAACGCUUGUUUCGUCUCGCUUUCUUGUUCUGAGAAAUCGAGGACGACUCGUCCUUUUUUUCCUUCUUUCGGAGGCGCGAAGAAUUGUCGCCACAGAAUCCGCAGCGAGACGUCGCGCCGCGCCGCAUCGGGCCGUCGGGACGCGUCGUGAUUUCGCUACUGUCCGUUCUGAGAACAUCGGACGAGCUCGAAAGUGCCUUCUCACGGAGCUGCGAUGCGCGAUCCAGCGUGAUUUAAGGAGCUCCAGGCAUCGGCGUCGACAGAAAAAUCGAGAGGUAGACAGAGAGGGAGUGGCGAGGGACGAAGAGAGUAAUCAUUUGUUCCACAAAAUCGAGAUAAAAUCGAAGAAAUCGUCGGAUAAUACAUCGAAAUCGACCAACUUCCGCUCUGCCAUUCUGCGCACGAGUCACCUGCCGUGCGCCGCACAUUAUGGCGACGCUCAGCUGGUAGUGAUUCGGCUGCUGCUGCUGCUGCUGUUGCUGCUGUUGCUACUGUGGUGAUCAGUGAGGGAUAUGUGAUGGCUGCACUUGGAUGACUACUGCGAUAACUCGUUUUAUCUCGAUAGCGUUGACCGAGCAUUGUGCUGCUCCGUGCGGCUACUGUUCUCGCGACGGAGGGGAUCGACGACGGAUGACGCGCCGCGACGUAGUCCAGUGGUCCAGGUGAAAUGGCAAGGAGCGAACGUGCGUUAUACGUCGCUGUCGCCACUGUCACCGCGUCCGUACGAAAUCCUGCAGUUGCUCGCGCGUAGAAGUAGGAUUGCGAUCAGGGGGAGACGCGCGAAUGCCACGCGAGAGCGACCUGCUAAGCUGACAGCUCGCCAUCAGUAAGAGAGAGAGAGAGAGAGAGAGAGAGAGAGAGAGAGAGAGAGAAAAAAGAACCAUGGGCAACUGCUUGAAGCGCGCCGCUGGUAACCAACAGGACAAUACCACUCUGCUGAGUAACAAUCCUGAUCCCAACGUGUCCACAAGUGGAUCAUCGCAGGAGGGCCUUGGACCGCCGAUCCCCUACAACGUAAUUCACCAAGCGGCUUAUUAUCCGUCGAUCGCUACGAGGGAACGUCACUUGCAGUCCACCAACUUGAACAUCGGCCGUGGAAUCGGUGUCAAUUUGGUACAGACUAGCGGCUCGGCCGGUCUGAGCGAUGAGGAGCAACAAAUGAGAAUUGCGAAGCGUAUAGGACUGAUACAGCAUUUGCCGAUGCGCGAGUAUGAUGGUGCUAAGAAGGGCGAGUGUGUCAUAUGUAUGAUGGAGCUGCUAGCAGGCGAAGAAGUGCGCUAUCUGCCCUGCAUGCAUACCUAUCACGCGGUCUGCAUCGACGACUGGUUGCUACGCUCGUUGACUUGUCCGUCAUGCAUGGAGCCGGUGGACGCGGCAUUAAUUAGUUCAUAUCAUCCGACUACUUAAUACCAGAAUGACGAGAGUUUUUUUGUCCGGACGGCAAAUCGGAAAUAAAUUACCAGGCUAAACGUGAGGCGCAAUUAAAUAGAAAGAGAGAGAGAGAGAGAGCGAGUGAGUGAGUGAGUGAGAAAAAGAAAGAAAGAAAGAGAGAAAGUCGCUACUUUUGCUAUAGAGCGUAUAAAAGCUUCUGGGUAGUAGAGAGAUCGCGUGUUAAUGGUCCGAAUGUAUUUUCGUCGUUAUACACGAUAUAUACAUGCGCGUGCGUGCUGUUUAAUAUGAUAAUCUCUGUCACACACAUACACAGAAAAGAACACUCCCUUUUCCUGUUUCAUCCAAGUAUUGUUUUAGAUCGUUUCCUAUGAGGAGAACGAGGUGACUUGAUUUCAAUUAAAUUCUAGUAAACAUCACAUCCCUAAGUUCUAUUCCGUAAUGAGUUUUAAUCGCUUGUACAUUGAUUUCUUAUUAGAGAAGGUAAAGUGAGGAGGCCGCUCGAUGUAAGAGUGCAAUAAAGCGUUGAGUAAGCCUCGCACCGAUAGAUAGGUAUAGUUGAAACAAUAAGUAUAUACUUAGUAACGAGAUAAGAAGUGCGACACGUACGGAAAUUAUUAUAGCCUUUGUAUUUCUCGUGCGGCUUUGCGUAACGCGUCUUUUCAUGCAACGUUUUCGCGUGGAUGUUUGACGAGCCGGAGCAAAUUGCAUUUCCUUCUUUGUUCUUGCAUAAUCAUUAAUUCUUGACUAUUCUAUUCUCGGAUAAAACAAAUUAGUCGAUAAUCUUUCUCUCUUUAAAAAUUCGACUUGGUUUUGAAUGCUGACUGCGUGUGUACAGACACUACAAACUCAAUGGGUUUUUUUUCUCGUCUAAAAUCGUCAAGAGAUUGACAGUCUUUUAUAUUUUCGUGACGAAAGAAAAAUUGUCUCGAACGAUAUUCGCAACAUUUUAAAUUCCCCGAUAUCUCGCAUGUUACGUAAACUGUAUGAACCUUCUAUCGCAACAGACAUUGAACGUUUUUCAUUUAGAUAAACGUGUACAGAGAAAGAAUGCUUCAUUAUAUGCUACCGACGAUUAGCAGUUUCUUACCGAUAGUGCGGGAACAUAUAUAGCAACGAAUAAAACAAAAAAAAACAACGGGAAAGAGAUAAAACGCGCGGUAAAUGAUCCACACAUGUUGAACACUACGCUAAUAAUAGGCUACGUAACUUAGAUUCUAUUAAUUUAGUGGAGCUUGUUGAACUAACUUUUGCUGCGGUUACAAUAAAACAGUGGACAUUUAUUGUUUUGCUAAGUAAAACUCUGCAGAGACAUGUACAGUUUCGCGUAGUUUCGUACGUCAGUGUAUGAGAUGCGAUAUAAAAUAAUUUUAUUGACAUGGAGCAAACAUUUCAAUUCGAAGAAAGAAAAUGAAAUUGAACAUUUAAUUUAUGUAAAAAGAGGGAAAAAACUUAACAAUACGGUACCGCUAAGUUUUUAAAUGGAAAAAUGAUGCUGUGAAAUAGUGAUUUAUUGACGAAGUACAGAGGUAUAUAAAUAAUGAUUUAAUACGCAAAUAUAAAUAUUUAGUAAGAAAAAGAAAAUUUUGUGUUUCCAGAAGUCUAUCUCGACACAAAAUUCUUCGAUCGAACAUUUAAAUAAUUAGAGCUAUAUUUGCAAAUUCUAAAUAGAGAGUAGCGUAAUUUUAUAAAAAAAAAAAAAGAAAGAUAAGCCAAGAAGGCUAGCGUUACAAACUUAAUUCUAUAUGGAUCUUUCUAAGGUAAAAAAAGAAGAGAAAAAAAGAAAGAUAUAUCCGGACGGUUUGUCCCGAUCAGAUAAGCGCGUUACGUCGCUCUAAUCAAUGUACCGAACACAUUAUUUGCGCGAUUAAUCGUGGGGCAUCACUGACAAUCUGCCGGGCUACAUUAUAAUCGUAAGUCUCGAUAAUGGCAAUUGUAUUUGACUUGCGUUAAGAAAGAUGAUAAUAAAUAUUUGAUUGGAAAAAAAAA